CAGUCCACCACAACUCGCACCACCACUGUCACGCUAAGGUACCAAGUCCACGCACCGGCUCGAAUCAAUCAUCUGCAAAGAACUCCGUUCCUCGAAACACGAGCCAACCACAAUUGCAUCCCUCACCGCCGACGCACAUACCCUACUCAUAUCUUCACACGUCCGACUUCAGCAGCAUGGAGCAAUAGGCGGCUCCACGCAGCUGAUAUAACAUGUCACUCACUCCUCCAUACGACAUCACCACAGAACGUGCUCUCGAGGAUCGGCACAGCCGGUGAUAACCAGAAAGAGCGAGGGAGCAAUGGAAAGCCAGGUCGAGCAAGCCAUCGAGCUGGCCUUCAACCCGUCCACCGACAACAACACGAAAGCACAGGCAUACGACUUUCUCAAUCGUCUCAGAGAAGAUGCAAAUGCCUGGCAAUUCUGCCUAGCGCUGUUCAUCCGUCACCCUGCGCCGUCAGAGGUCGUCCGGCUGGUAUGCCUUGAGAUCGUCAACAGUGCCGUCCAGACGCAACGCCUGGAUCAGUCCGGUCUGAACGAUGUACGGGUUCGACUGAUGGAGUACAUCCGGAGGAGAUAUGGGCAGAACACGGAAGAGGUGGACACACCUUCGAUUCAAAACAAGCUCACACAAACCAUCACAUACCUCUUCACUUCGCUGUACGCUUCGGACUGGCCAGAUUUCUUCGACGAGUUCAUUGCUCUCGCCGGGCCUCAGAAUGCUGCAAGCAACUCUCAGACCGCGGCUACGGUCCUUCUACUUCGGAUCCUCAGUUCGAUCCACGAUGAGAUUGCGGAUGUCAUGAUUCCACGCACCGCAGAAGAGCAACGGCGCAGCACGGAGCUGAAAGAUCUGGUACGAUCAAGGCAUGUGAACAAGAUAGCAGCGGUAUGGCAGGAAAUACUAUCUACUUGGGCACAGCUCGAUUUGAGCUUGGUGGAAAUGUGCCUUCGCACUAUUGCGAAAUGGGUCAGCUGGAUUGACAUCUGGUUGGUGAUCAAUGAGAGGAUCCAGAGUGCAUUACUGGGCAUUGCCGGGCAGCAAGGGACGUUCAAUUCGGAAAGCAAAGAGGCAAAGGCAAGAGACGCUGCGAUUGACACCUUCACGGAGACAGUCGGAAAGAAGAUGGCUCCUGCGGACAAGGUCGAGCUGAUCAACUACCUAAAUUUGGGAGCUAUUGUGGAACAGCUCGUAAAGAGUCCGGCUUUGGGAGAAUUGCGAACGACUCCGGACUACGACACUGAUCUAGCGGAGACAGUAGCGAAGCUGGUAAACAAUGUUGUUUUCGACGUUGUCAAAGCUUUGGACAGUGAAGGCCUUGACGACCAGACUCGGACCAAAGCAGAUCAGCAUCUGCAGACAUUUGUGCCAUCCCUCCUCCGCUUCUUCUCCGACGAAUACGAUGAGAUCUGCUCGGCCGUCAUUCCUUCCCUGACAGACCUCCUCACCAUGCUUCGGAAAGUGAAGAAGGCUAAGGGCGCCCUGCCCGGCCACUACGCAGCAAUGCUGCAACCUAUUCUUGACGCAAUCAUUGUCAAAAUGAAGUAUGAUGAGACUGCUUCUUGGGGCGAUGAGGACGAUCAGACCGACGAGGCGGAGUUUCAAGAACUGCGAAAACGUCUUCACGUUUUGCAGCAAACAGUUGCAGCUGUUGAUGAAAGUCUGUACAUCGAAACUCUGAGUAACGUCGUUGCGAGCACGCUUGGGCGGCUCAGAUCUGGAGAACGUCCGAAUUGGAGAGACCUUGAUUUGGCAUUAUUGGAGAUGCAUCAUUUUGGAGAGCUGGCUAUCAAGAACGGCGGACUCUACAACAAGACGAAGCCAACUUCGGAAGCUGCCUCACGUCUGGUGGAGAUGAUGUCGACCUUGGUGAACUCUGAGCUCGCGUCCUACCCGCAUCCGGCAGUCCAGCUGCAGUACAUGGAGAUUUGCGUGCGAUACGUGCAAUACUUCGAGCAGAAUAUCGCCUCGAUCCCGAAGGUUCUGGAGAACUUUGUCACAUUUGUGCACAGUGAACAUCACAAGAUCCGCCUGCGGUCGUGGUACCUUUUCCAGCGUUUCGUGAGGCAUUUGCGCGGGCAGCUUGCAGAAUACGCUCAGACCGUGGUGCAGGCGAUUUCUGAUCUCCUCACCAUCAAGGCGGAGGUGCCGUCGGACAGAGAUGAAGAUGACGUUUCUUCGGACGACAACGUGCAAUCAUCUGACUCGACAUUCACCGCUCAGCUGUAUCUGUUCGAAGCCAUUGGGUUAGUCUCUUCCACAGGCAAUGUCCCAGCCACUACCAAGACUGCUAUCGCAAAGUCUGUCAUCACUCCCUUGACCUCAGAUUUGAGCAACCAGUUGCAGCCUGCAAGCAACGGCGACGAGAGAUCUAUGCUACAAGCCCACCAUGUCAUCAUGGCUCUCGGAUCGCUCGCGAAUGGCUUCUCCGACUGGACGCCUGGUGUCUCUACGGGAGGACCACCUCCAGUCGAGGUCGCUCAAGAAUUCGUGAGCGCCAGCGACAGCGUGCUCAUCGCGCUCGAGAAUCUUAAGAGCCAUUCCGAGUUACGUGCAGCCGCUCGUCACGCUUUCUCUCGCUUCUUGGGUGUGCUCGGCGCUCACGUUCUGCCGCAACUCCCUCGGUGGAUCGACGGUCUGCUCUCUUCCGCAUCAUCCAACGACGAAAUGGCCAUGUUCCUCCGCACUCUUGGUCAGGUCGUCUAUGGCUUCAAGACCGAGAUAUCAGACAUACUCGACCAACUUCUUUCUCCACUCUUCUCACGCGUCUACUCCGGUCUCUCCCAGACCGCCGCCGGCACCGACGAUGAGAUCCAGCUCCGCGAGCUCAAGCGCGAGUACCUCAACUUCGUCCUCGUCAUCCUAAACAACGAUCUGGGUGCCGUGCUCGUCUCACCAAACAACCAGCCCAUCUUCGAUAAUUUCAUCACCUCGGUCACUCGCUUCUCCUGCGAUCCAGCCGAUCCACAAUCCGCUCGUCUCGCGUUCUCAGUCCUCGUCAAGAUGACCUCUCUUUGGGGCGGACCAGACAUUGCUCUAGGCAGCGACACAGCUCCAUCUCCCGCCCUCCCUGGCUUCGACAGCUUCAUUCUCUCGCAGUUCGCUCCUCUGCCGUGGACACUCGUCUCCGCGGACAAAGUCAACGCCGGCGAUGCCCAAAUGCGUGCUGUCCUGCAGGAAGCUGCGGGUCUGCAAUGGUAUAUUCUGCGGAAAGUCGGCGCGACGUACGAAAGCCAGUUGAUUUCGGAGCUGAGGACGUUGGGCGCGAGUGAAGAAGGGAUGCAGGAGUACGUGAAGAACAUGGCUGGUGAUCUCUUCGCCUUCAGAAAGUUCUUCAUCGGGUUCUUGCAGGGCGGAAAGAGGUAA